AGGAUGAAGUGAAAUUGUUCAUUGCAAUUGUCGACGAUGUUGAAUCUACUCGUGGAUGCGCUGUAAGUUUAGAACAGGAGGUAGUCAAUACAUUUCGAGGGAAAGUGGGGAGUGCGCCAAUUUGUGUUGUUGCUCAAUCGGAUAAUCGAAAGAAGAUCAAACGCAACAAACACUUGACAACGGUUGGCAAAGUGUUGGUAUUCUACGGAUCUGACGUAAAAGCAUGGACUAUUCUCGCAGUUACAAAUAGCAGCGAAGAGUUGAGAACAAAGUUUGAGAACUGGAAGCGGAAGGAAUUGCGCUAUCUUAGCAGUCAUCAACUAAUAGCCUUCCAUUUUACUGUGGUCAAUGGCACUGAACCGGAGGAUAGCGAAGAGAUAUUCAGUAAUACAUUCCCAGACAUUCCGCUAAGUACGUUACGUUUACUUGAUGAAUCAUCGAUGACUGGAGUUGCCCAUGGAAAUCGUUUCCAUCCUGGUCCUGUGUAUGCAAUGGUUGGUUUUCGAAAAUUUGGUGGAGAAAAUUCUACCGGGGAAAAUGUUUCAGAGAUAUAAUGAUUGACUAUUUCACAGACACAGUUCAGAUGAAUUUUGGUGAAUGAUUCAGUUGUUUUUUCAGCAGUUAAGGC